GGCUUAGUUGAUUUUCUGUUUUGGCGAUGUGCAAGUGUUUACGCUAGAUUUAAAACAAAAAAAUUUAAGUAAAAGUGUUGCUGCAAAUUGUGUAGAGAAAAAAAUUCAAUAAUUUUAAUUUUGCAAGUUUAAUUUCUUGGUUUUUUUUUUGUUUGUUUUCUCUGCUCUUAUGCGCUUAAUUAUAAGCUGGCAUUGUGCCAAUGUUGUUAUGGAAAGUUGAGAGCAAGGAUUCAAUUUAAUCGAUGUCUUUGAAUCUGAACGGCAGCGGCGGCGAACGAUCGACAACGACUACGACGAAAUCAACAGCAACAGCAACAGCAGCAGCAGUAUUAGCAGCGCCAGGUACCACACCAACAGGAAGCGGAAGUGCCGGCAAUAGGAUCGCCACAGCCUCGACACCGAAAACGCCCAAUAACGCUGCAGCAGGCACUACCACACGCUACGUGAAAUCUUCGCCAACGACCGCACAGGAAACGACCAAACUAACGCCAAAGACACCACCCGUGACACCGGAUUCGCCGUGCACGUAUCUGGACGAUGAUUUAGAUUCGAUGUAUUCAUUUGCGACCACCACAUCGGGCCGUUCGACCAUGUCCUGUGAGCAUCCGUAUGUUGCGCGCAACGGCACUACGUUCAGUGGCCGCAAGAUGAAAUAUGUCGUCCAUUGCUCCAAUUAUGCCGGCCAAGUGGGUCCCGACUAUUUAACGCCCACACAGCGUGCCGCACGUCAGAUACGUCGCCUCAAGGAGUUGCUUUGCUUGGCGCGUCAAGAUCUUGAACAGAAGGAUUCCGAAAUAUUGCGUCUCACACGCGAAGUUGUCGAGCUGCGCCUAUUCAAAGCCUCGCUGAGUUCACCUGAGGAGCGUUCUGCCUCCAGCGAUGCCGUCACUGUGCGCGAAGCCGAACUGAAAACGUCGCAAGAUGUCUCACCCAUUGUUGAUAUGGUCGAUGAUGCAACCAAAUCCAGUCCACGUCACAUACCGAAUCAGCAUCAUUUGCAUACACACAGUCAGCAUUUGCAUCAUACCAGCCAGCAGUUGUCGUCGGAAAUGCAAAGUUCCUUUGCCGAUUCGGGUCAUUUUGAGGAUCUUUCAGUGCAUUCGAAAGAUUCGUCGUAUGUUGCUCAUACGCAGGAUAUUGCAUGUGGCAGUGAUGAGGCAAUUGGUGCGGCGGCAGGCGGUGGAGUUCAUCAUGAGAGUUGCGCUGCUGGCGGUAACGGCGGCACUGUUGACGAAGAGGAAGAUUACGCUGCCACCAUGAAGGCCUAUGAACUGCAAAGACAAGAGCUUAUACGUAUAUAUGAACAGAAAAUUGAAGAAUUGAUUCGUACACAAGAUAGCGCUAGCAGCGAAAUGAAGCGUUCACAUAACGAUAAAGUGGAGGCGUUGCUGCAAAAAUUGGCUGAAUGUAAUACACGCUAUGCCGAUAUUGUGCCCGACUAUGAGCACGCCAAAGAACGUAUUAGAGAAUUGGAGAAGCACUUGGAAGACUUGCAGCGUAAGCUGGCCGAACAUGAGGAGAAACAAAAUAAAAUGUAUCUGCAUAUGUACCAGAAGGGACAGGAGGCGGAACGAAUUGCUCGCGCCGAUCAGGCUCUCGAAUUGGCACAUCGAGCACCGGAUAAUAAAGUAUCUAUCAAUGAGUUGCUGCAUCAGUUGCAAAGUACCCAAGAUGAAUUGGAAAAUAUACGCGCAGCUGGGUGUAGAAAAGAAAGCGGCAGUAAUCAUGCUCUCCUUACUGCAAAAGAAGCAAUUUCGUUGUGGGUUCUUGGCGCCCGGAAGACAAUUUAUCGGCGACUGUUGGAAGCGCAAAAGAAUCGCACCCACGUAGAUCCGGAGGUGACGUUGCAGUUCCUCAAGAGCGCCAUUUACUACUUCUUGACCGACAAGGAGAACUCACAGGGUCACUUGCAGGCCAUCGAGAGCAUUUUGGAGUUCACCGAAGCGGAAAAGCAGAAUAUCAACAAAGCGCGUACGGCCAAGUAGUGCAAGCGAAUACUUACAUACGUUAUAUGUAGUUGAAGGCAUAAACAAAAUGGAAGCUAAAAAUACAUACAUACAUAUGUGACAUGUUAAAUGCAAACAUACACACUACGAGACAUACACACACACCUACAUACAUACAUAGAUGCUGCGUUUAGUUGGCGUAAACGAAAUUCUUAGAAAGACAAAAAGUAAUAAGUAUAGACGCAUCCAAAAAAAAAACAAAAAAACAAGUUGACCUUUGACCGCUUGGUUGAGAAAAAAUACGUUUUUAAUUAGAAAUGCUAAAUACAUACAUAUUUUCAAAUGCAAAAUAUUUGUAGGAUAAAUAAAUUAAUAAAAUAUCUAUAUAUGUACGUAUGUAUACAUAGUUAUCACGUAGGCGGCUAUGCGGCUGCAAUGUGGGCGGUAAAGAGAAAUUAAGACAGCACGAAGAAUAUUUCGAAUUGCGAAAUUUUAUAACUUUCAUUUUAUUUUAAUGUUUUAAAAUAAAUUUCGUAAAGUUUUUUUUUUUA